AUUCACCAAACUUUCAACAGCGAGCGCUCGCCUGACGCCGACUCAGUCUGCUGAAUGUGUCUGUGUGUGUUUAUGUGUUGUUUUUUAACGCUACUGGGAAGUUAACGGAGAAGUUUGGAGCUUAGCGGAGUGUCCCGGUGAAGUCUCAUCAUCAGGCGGACGAGGCUGAGCGCGAGUGUCUAUUUAGGGGGGUGUGACAGCACUCUCCAUACAGCUGUGCCGGGCUUGUUUAUGAGUUGAACAGGUUGUUAAACGGAGCGGUAGAGACAGGAAACACACCGGCAUGUUCUCGGGGACACGUACAGACGCUGACCGGACCAUUUGCGGGUCAGAACCGCUGCGUAAUUUGCGCUGAAUGAGCUCCCAGCCGGCGCGAGCUUGUCGAUGUUGUUGACAUUCAUCCAUCAAACAUGGCAACUUUGGGAAGUAGAAAGCUUGUGUAUGACAUGAAUGACAAACAGGACAGGCCUUAUGUGUGCGGCGCCCCAGGCUGCUCUCAGCGCUUCCAGUUAGAGGAGCAUCUAAUCAUCCACAGCCACAAGCAUGAGAUGUCCCUCAAGUUCUCCUCCAUCAAGGCGGAUACGGCUUUUACUGACCAGACGCCAACGCCAACAAGAUUUUUGCAGAACUGUGAAGAGGUUGGUCUGUUCAAGGAGAUAGAGGAGGAGUUUCUUCAAGCACAAGAAGAGGAGAAGUGCAAACAGACGCUGUCUCACAAUGGGCCGUCCUGUAUGAACCAGCAGCAGCUCAAACCCCAGCUUCAGCUCCAGCACCCACCCCAGCCUCAGCACCCACAUCCCCAGCCGCCGCUGCACCAUCCCCAGACACAUCCCCUGCAGCACCCUCAGUCUCAUGGCCCCUUGAUGGGCCCCAGCUGCAGCCUGGCUGCCCAGCAAGCUCUGUCCUCCUCGCAGUCCGGAUCAGUCAUCACCCAGGCUCCUUCCACCCUCACACACUCAGGGCCGGUUCCCGGGCCGCUGUCAUCCCUCCUCCACAUGCGGAACAGACACAGACAACCGCUGCCAGCCUCCUUACCUGGCACGCUUCCAGACCCCGCCAUGCAAGGGGCAUCUGCUCAGCACAUGCCCAUAGAGAAGCAGAUGUCGUGUAUAAUGGGUAUACCAGGUCCUGUACACAACCCCUCCUGUUCCUCACCUCAGAGAUCCAAACAGACGCUGGGCCAUCAUUUCCCGCAGCACCACCCAGCAAUGGUCGGCAUCAACAACCCCGUGACACCCAUGGGUCACAUGAUGGAGAUGAUGUCACAGCGUCAUCAGGCACCUCCACUACAACACCACCAUCAUCCUCAUCAUCCACAGCUUCCGGCUCCACCCCUCACCUUCCAACAGCGAUGCCAUGCUCCACCUCCGCAGCAUCUCGGAGGCACCCAUAGCCACCACGCUCAGGCUCACCAAGCACCUCCUCCUCAUCUGCACCAGGGCUCGCCUCCUGCACCUCCCCUGUCUGUUCCGGCACAGUUAUCACCAGUUGCACAGCAGAUGCAGCCCUCCCAUCUACCCCACUCCCAGCAUGCAGUGCAGGCAGGUGGUAGCUGCAGCGGUGGAGGAGGGGGCAACCGUCGCAGGAGGACAGCAGAGCAGGACCCUGACGAGCGCAGGCAGAAGUUCCUGGAGCGUAACCGGGCCGCAGCCACCCGCUGCCGACAGAAGAGGAAAGUGUGGGUGUCGUCGCUGGAGAAGAAAGCUGAAGAGUUGACGCACACAAACCUGCAGCUACAGAACGAGGUGACGUCAUUGAGGUCGGAGGUGGGUCAGCUGAAGCAGAUUCUGCUCACCCACAAGGACUGUCCCGUCACCGCCCGGCAGAGAGAGGCACAGGGGUACCCCACUGCAGGGGUGAGCCCAGGAGGAAGUCCCACCCCUGUAGGUCCUGGGUCUCAUCUGCAGGCCGUCCAACACAACAGCAUCUCCACCUCAUCGACAGCUGGAGGCGACACAGGGCACGACCUCCGGCCUGGACGCUAGCCCUCGCCACAUAGAGGAGGGGUGAGGGACUGGAUGGCUGAAUCCUGCCAGACUGAAUUAUCUCUCUGUCAUAACUUCACUAAAGUCUCACUCAGCUGUGGAUCUCUUUACAUUGUAGAUGAAAUACUGAACUGGAUAGGUGAAUUCAUAAAUCCAUGUGAACACUGAUAACAUUAUUAUCAUCUUUCUUUUCUGGUUGGAGAGGAAACCAGAACCACAUACUGAUACAUUUCCAUAACAGGUGCAAAAAAAAACCUUUCCUGAAAGCCUUGUUAAAAACUGUGAUGGUUACAUGGCAACUGGAUCCUGUGUUUAUUCAGAAAAUGUCUGUUUCUGCUCACACGAAUCUCACCAUUGCCUCACUGACUAUGCACGCGCACAAUCGAAACACAUCUUGUCAGCAUCUUUUGCUCUUAUAUCUUGCACUAAUUUAAAAACAAACAGCCUAUAUAUUAGUUUUAUAUUUCUAACUGAGCAUCUGCAUACCUUAUGCCUUCUCUCUGGUGCAGAUGCAGCUAUGUAUUUUUCUAUAAAUAAUUCAUACUAAGACAAAAAUGUUUAAGAUUUAAAGUCAAGCCCAUGUCUGUCUUGGAAAGCCAUGAUUGUAAAACAUGAUUGUACAGUAUUUUCUUUCAGGCACUUUUUUAAACUGCCCUAAGACACUAAAUGACUAUAAACUGCACCUUGUGUCUCAAUCCCUGUCAGUUAAUAAAAAAA